GAUGUAAGCGCCUAAGAGUGGGAAGACCAGUUCGGAUAGGUUAUUGCAGUUUUCAGUAAGAGAUGAUAAAAGCCUGCAGCCAGGAGAGCAGAGGGAAUGCAGAGAGGACACGGGAGAGGGACGCUUCAGCAAGAAUCCAGGGUGUGUGCCAGGAGACCUAGAUCGUCGGAGCCACUGGAAAUGAAGGGAUCCAAGGACCGUGUAGCUACAAUGUUGUCAAGACUCUUCCGCAUGCAUGGCCUCUUUGUGGCCUCCCAUCCCUGGGAAGUUAUUGUGGGAACGGUGACACUUACCAUCUGUAUGAUGUCCAUGAACAUGUUUACUGGCAACAACAAGAUCUGUGGUUGGAAUUAUGAGUGCCCAAAAUUUGAAGAGGAUGUCCUGAGCAGCGACAUCAUCAUCCUCACCAUAACGCGGUGCAUUGCCAUCCUCUAUAUUUACUUCCAGUUCCAGAACCUGCGGCAGCUCGGCUCCAAGUAUAUUUUGGGUAUUGCUGGGCUGUUCACAAUUUUCUCAAGCUUUGUCUUUAGUACAGUCGUCAUUCACUUCUUAGACAAAGAACUGACGGGCUUAAAUGAAGCUUUGCCCUUUUUCCUGCUUUUGAUUGACCUGUCCAGAGCAAGUGCUCUAGCAAAGUUUGCCCUGAGUUCAAACUCACAGGAUGAAGUAAGGGAAAAUAUAGCUCGUGGAAUGGCAAUUCUGGGCCCCACAUUCACCCUUGAUGCUCUUGUGGAAUGUCUUGUAAUUGGAGUUGGCACCAUGUCAGGGGUGCGCCAGCUUGAAAUCAUGUGUUGCUUUGGCUGCAUGUCUGUGCUUGCCAACUACUUCGUGUUCAUGACAUUCUUCCCAGCCUGUGUGUCCCUGGUCCUAGAGCUUUCUCGGGAAAGCCGCGAAGGUCAUCCAAUUUGGCAGCUCAGCCACUUUGCCCGAGUUUUGGAAGAAGAGGAGAAUAAACCAAACCCUGUAACCCAAAGGGUCAAGAUGAUUAUGUCUUUAGGCUUGGUUCUUGUUCACGCUCACAGUCGCUGGAUAGCUGACCCUUCGCCUCAGAACAGUACAGCAGAACAUUCCAAGGUCUCCUUGGGACUGGAUGAGGAUGUGUCCAAGAGAAUUGAGCCAAGUGUUUCUCUCUGGCAGUUUUAUCUCUCCAAGAUGAUCAGCAUGGACAUUGAACAAGUGAUUACCCUGAGUUUAGCUCUCCUGUUGGCUGUCAAGUACAUUUUCUUUGAACAAGCGGAGACAGAAUCAACGCUCUCAUUAAAAAAUCCUAUCACGUCUCCUGUCGUGACCCCAAAGAAAGCUCAAGACAACUGUUGCAGACGUGAGCCUCUGCUUGUGAGAAAGAACCAGAAGCUUGCAUCUGUGGAGGAGGAGCCAGGAGCGAACCAGGAUAGAAAAGUUGAGGUUAUAAAACCAUUAGUGGUGGAAGCUGAGAGUGCAAGCAGAGCUACGUUUGUGCUUGGCGCUUCUGUAGCCAGACCUCCAGUGGCCCUGGGAACACAGGAGCCUGAAAUUGACCUCCCCAGCGAGCCUCGGCCUACUGAAGAAUGCCUACAGAUACUGGAGAGUGCUGAGAAAGGUGCGAAGUUCCUUAGUGAUGCAGAGAUCAUCCAGCUGGUCAAUGCCAAGCACAUCCCGGCCUACAAAUUGGAAACUCUAAUGGAAACUCAUGAACGUGGUGUGUCUAUUCGCCGGCAGCUCCUAUCCACAAAGCUUCCAGAGCCUUCUUCUCUGCAGUACCUGCCUUACAGAGAUUAUAAUUACUCUCUGGUGAUGGGAGCUUGCUGUGAGAAUGUAAUUGGCUAUAUGCCCAUCCCCGUCGGAGUGGCAGGGCCUCUCUGCCUGGAUGGGAAAGAGUACCAGGUUCCAAUGGCAACAACAGAAGGCUGUCUUGUGGCCAGCACCAACCGAGGCUGCAGAGCAAUAGGUCUUGGUGGAGGUGCCAGCAGCCGAGUCCUUGCAGAUGGGAUGACCCGAGGCCCAGUGGUGCGUCUUCCUCGUGCUUGUGACUCUGCAGAAGUGAAGGCCUGGCUCGAGACACCUGAAGGGUUCACAGUGGUAAAGGAGGCCUUCGAUAGCACCAGCAGGUUUGCACGUCUGGAGAAACUUCAUGUGACCAUGGCAGGACGCAACCUGUAUAUCCGCUUCCAGUCCAAGACGGGGGACGCCAUGGGGAUGAACAUGAUUUCCAAGGGCACGGAGAAAGCGCUUUUGAAGCUUCAGGAGUUCUUUCCUGAGAUGCAGAUCCUGGCAGUUAGUGGUAACUAUUGCACCGACAAGAAACCUGCUGCCAUAAACUGGAUCGAAGGAAGAGGAAAGACAGUUGUGUGUGAAGCUGUCAUUCCCGCCAAGGUGGUGAGAGAAGUAUUAAAGACGACGACAGAAGCUAUGAUUGACGUCAAUAUUAACAAGAAUCUUGUGGGUUCUGCCAUGGCUGGGAGCAUAGGAGGCUACAAUGCCCAUGCAGCAAACAUCGUCACUGCUAUCUACAUUGCAUGUGGCCAGGAUGCAGCGCAGAAUGUGGGCAGUUCAAACUGUAUUACUUUAAUGGAAGCGAGUGGUCCCACGAAUGAAGACUUGUAUAUCAGCUGCACCAUGCCGUCUAUAGAGAUAGGAACCGUGGGUGGUGGGACCAACCUCCUACCUCAACAAGCCUGCCUGCAGAUGUUAGGUGUUCAAGGAGCAUGCAAAGACAAUCCUGGAGAAAACGCACGGCAGCUUGCCCGAAUUGUGUGUGGUACUGUAAUGGCUGGGGAGUUGUCCUUGAUGGCAGCAUUGGCAGCAGGACAUCUUGUCAGAAGUCACAUGGUUCACAACAGAUCGAAGAUAAAUUUACAAGAUCUACAAGGAACAUGCACCAAGAAGGCAGCUUGAGCAGCCUGGCAGUACUGAACUAAAAGACGGGCAUUGGGGUCUCAAGGACUAACAUGAAAUCUGUGAAUUAAAAAUCUCAAUGCAGUGUCUUGUGGAAGAUGAAUGGACGUGAUCAGUGAGAUGCCUGCUUGGUUUCUGGCUCUUUCAGAGACAUCUGAGGUCUUUUGCACCGACUCCUCAGAUCAGGAAACAGUGUGUCUUGCCAUGCUGUCUUCUGGAAAGAUCUCCUGUGGAUGUCGUGCUCUGAGCAGCACAGGUGUGAUCUGCAGCUCGUUUCUGAAAGCCCCACAAGCUGGAAAAGGUGUUUUGAUGAAGUGAUGGAGUUGAUGGUGAUCAGUGUGAGACUGGCCUCUCCAAGUGGGCUAAACCCGGAGUUUUAAAUUAUACUGUAGCUGACAGAACUUCUGAUUUUAUAUUUAUUUAGUCUGAGUUAUAGAACUUUGUAAUCUAAGUUUAUUUUUUGUAAACUAAUAAUUCAUUUGGUGCUGGUCUAUUGAUUUUGGGGGUAAACAACAUAUUCUUCAGAAGGGGACCUACUUCUUCAUGGGAAGAAUUACUUUUAUUCUCAAACUACAGAACAAUGUGCUAAGCAGUGCUAAAUCGUUCUCGAUGAAGAAAACAGUCACUGCAUUUAUUUCUGCAGGUCUUUGUUCAGAGAGGCCUCUUGUCUAGAUUUUUGCCAACUGGGCCACUGCAUGUCUUAGCGUCAGGCUUUAGGAAAGUGCCACGCAUUGCACUAAUGAUAGCAGAGCUCUCGGUGUUACUUAGACAAGGGACAAACAAGUUGGACCUCUCAGAGUGUGGGAACAUGGUUUUAAAAGAAAACGACCAUUUCUCUAAGUCAGCUUUCUUUAGAGACAUUUUAACUUAUUUAGCUGAAUUCUAGAUUUUUUUUGGUAAACUAUCAAAUCUGUAUAUGUUGUAAUAAAGUGUCUUAUGCUAGGAGUUUAUUGAAAGUGUUUUAAGAAAUAAAAGAACUCAACUUUACACUGAUAAAAUACUCUAGCUUGGGCCAGAGAAGACAGUGCUCUUUAGCAUUGUCCAGGAAACUCUGGCUUGCUUGCCAAGCCUAAUGAAGGGAAAGUCAGCUUACAGAGCCAAUGAUGGAGCCACAUGAAUGGCCCUGGAGCUGUGUGCCUUGUUCCUGUGGCCAGGAGCUUGGUGACUGAAUAAUUUACGGGCUCCUUUGAUGGACCCAGAAAAGCUCUUAACUUCCUCAGGGGGUCAGCAGAGUUGAAUCUCAAUUUUUUUUUUUAAUGUACUGGUUUUGUAUAAAGAAUAAUAAAGAGCUCCUUAUUUUGUAUUCUAUCUAAUGCUUCAAGUUCAGUCUUGGGAAAUGACAUCUUGUGGACUCUGAAAGACAUUCCAAGCGUGCAGCGGCAUCAUGGGAGCCUCUUAGUGAUUGUAUGUCAGUAUUACUGUGGAAGAUCGACUUUGCUGUUGUAUGUGAAGUUUCACAUUGCUCCUCUUGUGACUUUUUAGCCAGUAACAUUUUAUUUACCUGAGCUUGUCAUGGAAGUGGCAGUGAAAAGUAUGGAGUGUUCAUGCUGGUGACUGUAACCAAUGUCAUCUUGCUAAAUCCAUGUUUUGUACAAUACUGAAUUGUAUACAUUUUGUUAUAGAAUACUUUUCCAGUUGAGUAAAUUAUGAAAGGAAGUUAACGUUGA